CCUUACGACCCGACGAAGGUGUCCUUGCCAGAGGGGCAGGUGUCGCCCGUCGUUUUGAUUGAGUUUGUCUCUCCCGAGCUCGACCGCAGCCUCGACCUUGACAACAUAUUGGCCGAUGCUGACGUGGCCGAGUACCGUCUUCGCCACGAGCCCGUCGGGUCCUAUAUGGAUGUCAGAAUCAGGGGUGAUGAAGAUGUUCGUCUCAAGUUCCUCAGGAGCCUGUAUGGUUGUGGGAUCUUGGGGUUCUGCAGGGCCUCGAAGGGCAUGAUCACACCGUUCUUCGUGAAAAAGAAACAGGGCCGCCAGAGGCUCGCCCUGGACUGCCGCAGGGUCUCCCCGCGUUUGCUCGUGCUGCCGAUGGGUUGGACCUGGUCUUUCUACAUUGCGCAGCCUCUGCAUUCCGAGUUGCUCCGUGAGGCUGGGUUCGGCCAGGACUUGAUCAUGUCGAAUGCGUGGCCUGCCCUUCCGUUGUCCGACGAUCCAGCUGCCCUCCCCUACUGCGACAACCUAACUGUCUUCGGGAUGUCCAGGGACCGCGUCGAUCAGCGACUUCGUGAGCUCAUCGGGGUGUUCGAGGGGAAGGGCUUCGUGCUUCGCGAGAUCUCCUGGGCCUCAACAUCUUCGGAUAUCCUGGGCACCGCCUGCGAUGGGCUGCGACGGACGGUCCGUGCGAGGCCCAAGCGGGCCUGGACUCUUCGGGGAGCUCUUCGGCAUGCCGCUCGAGGUGGGGCCAUCUCUGGCAAGGUUCUGGAGCGCCUCCUGGGCCACUACGUCGUCGAGGGCCUCAACCAGCGGCCCGCGCUGUCGGUCCUGCGGGCCUCCUACGUCUUCAUUCGGGACUGCUACUUGACCCCGAGGCCCCUGUGGGACUCCGUCUGCCGUGAGCUCCUGGUCUGCUCCAGCCUGGUCCCCCUGCUCUCAGGUAGCAUUGGACGUCCAUGGUCAACUUCCAUGCUGGCGACAGAUGCCUCGGGGAGUGGGUGGGGCGCGAUGGAGGCUGGCUUCGACAGAGAGGAGGUGGGGGAGAUCGGGAGGUGGAACGAGCGCUGGAGGCACGAGCGUCUGCCCCCGCCGGAGCGGGCGCCUCGUCGUCGUGCGCUGGCGGCCGAGCUCGACCCCCUCGUCGACCCUGCGACGUCCGACGUGGGCCCCUGGGACCUCGACGAGCUCGGUGGGGCCCCCUCGGAGUUCGCCCUGGCUUCCCCGAGGUACAGGCUUGAGGAGCCGAUCGGAAACAAAGAAGGUAGGGCCGGCAUCAAGGGCAUGAGUCUCAAACUUCGGGACCCCAGCCAGCACCACAAGAGGCACCUCGCCCUUGUCGACAACUUCGGCGUAGCCCUUUGUUUCUCAAGAGGGCGCGCGGCGUCCUUCGGGCUCCUGCAGUUGGUCCGCCGCCUGGCCGCCUUCUCGAUUGCGACGGGCGCGUGGGCGGCGCUCCGCUGGAUCCCGAGCGAAUACAACCCCGCCGACGAGCCGCCCCGCCUCUUCGGGAAGCUCAGGGGGGCGCGGGCGGCGCUGCAUGAAGCGCCUGCGGCGGGAGCUGAGCUUG